CGCCACCUUCAGCCUGUGUCAGCAGAUCGAGGCAGGCUCGGGUGCAGCGUGCUGGGCAGGCAGUGAACGGGCAGGCCGGCGGGGGACAGGCAGGUAGUGAGCGGCGGGAUGAUGAAGAUGCUGCAGCUGGUGGCGGCAGUGAGCGCCCUGUGCUGGGGCUGGAGCCGGGGCUCGGAUGAUAUCGUGGUGGGCUGCGGGGGGUUUGUCAAGUCGGAGGUGGACAUUAACUACUCCCUGAUCGAGAUUAAGUUAUAUACAAAACAAGGCACUCUGAAAUAUCAGACUGAUUGUGCACCGAACAACGGUUACUUCAUGAUUCCUCUUUAUGAUAAGGGGGACUUUGUGCUUAAGAUCGAGCCUCCCCUAGGCUGGAGUUUUGAGCCUACAAGUGUCCCUCUACAUGUGGAUGGAGUGAACGAUAUUUGCACUAAAGGAGGAGAUGUUAAUUUUGUUUUUACGGGCUUCAUGGUUAACGGAAAGGUAUUGAGUAGAAAUCAGAAUCUGGGGCCUGGGGGUGUUCAGGUUGCCUUGAGACGAACUGGAAGUGGAGUGAAUUUUCAAACCACAGUUACUCAAACAGGAGGAAAGUUUGUGUUCUAUAAGGUGCUCCCCGGAGAAUAUGAAAUAAUUGCUUCCCAUCAGAAUUGGGUUUUAAAAGAGGCAACAACGGAAGUGCAAGUGACAAAUUCCAAUGCCCAAGCUCUAAAUCCUCUAAUUGUUGCCGGUUAUGAUGUAUUGGGUUCCGUUCGCAGCGAUGGUGAACCAAUGAAGGGCGUUAUGUUUUUGCUCUUUUCCUCAUCCAUCAACAAAGAGGAUAUAUUGGGCUGUGAUUUAGCUCCUGUUGACGGCUUUCAGGGAAAAGAUGAAUCCCUGUCAUACCUGUGUUAUGUUACAUCCCGAGAAGAUGGAGUGUUUACAUUCUCCUCCUUACCCAGCGGGGAUUACAGUGUGAUUCCAUUUUAUAGGGGUGAAAGAAUUACAUUUGAUGUUGCUCCAUCCCGAUUGGACUUCCGUGUGGAACAUGACAGCCUCCGAUUAGAGCCUGUCUUCCAUGUGAUGGGGUUCUCUGUGACUGGAAGGGUUUUGAAUGGACCUGAAGGUGAAGGCGUUGCUGAUGCUGUUGUCACGCUUAACAAUCAAAUGAAAGUUACAACUAAUGCAAAUGGAUCUUUUCGUUUGGAAAACAUGACUGCUGGUACUUACAAUAUCGAUGCCCAGAAGGAACAUGUUUACUUUGAUACACUCACAGUAAAGAUUGCCCCAAAUACUCCACAACUUGCUGACAUCGUAGCGGCGAGAUUUAGCGUUUGUGGAGAAAUUUCUAUUACGAACUUUCCUGAAAAUAUUAAACAAUUUAAUAAAUAUAAAGUUACUCUAACACCUCAAGACAAGGAGAGGACCUCCUUUCUUACAACCGAAUCAGACUCCCGUGGAUUGUUCUGCUUCCAGGCUAGAAGAGGAUCCUACAAUGUCCAGGUUACUGUUCCGGAAGCUGAAGCCAAAGCAGGCCUUGCCCUAAAACCGUCCACAUUCCCGGUGACUGUAACAGACCAGCCAGUUAUGGAUGUAUCAUUUUCACAGUUCAUGGCAUCUGUUUCUGGGAAGUUAACAUGCUUAGAUGCAUGUGGUGAUCUGACUGUAACUUUACAGUCUACAAGCCGCCAGAGGGAGAAGCACAGCUUACAGGUUUCCAGCAAGACUGAAACUGUGUCAUUUACUUUUGAAGACAUUUUACCUGGAAAAUAUAAAGUGACCAUAAUUCAGGAAGACUGGUGCUGGAAAAACAAAUCCUUGGAAUUUGAAGUUGCAGAAGAAGACAUUGUUGGUAUAGAAUUGAGGCAAACGGGUUACAUGUUAAGAUGCUCCCUUUCUCAUGCAAUCACACUGGAGUUUUAUCAGGAUGGUAAUGGACCAGAGCACGUUGGUGUUUAUAAUUUAACAAAGGGAGUCAAUAGGUUCUGCCUUUCAAAGCCAGGGGUUUAUAAAGUUACUCCACGAUCCUGCCAUCGGUUUGAACAUGCUUUUUACACUUAUGAUACGUCUUCGCCAAGCAUUCUAACUCUGACAGCAGUGCGACAUCAUGUCCUCGGGGCUAUUACCGCUGAUAAGCUAAUGGAUGUGACUGUCACUAUUAAAUCUUCCAUAGAGAGUGAGCCAGCACUUGUUUUAGGACCAUUAAAGUCUGUAGAAGAAUUACGCAGGGAGCAACAGAUGGCAGAAAUUGAAGCACGCAGACAAGAGAGGGAAAAAGCUGGUUCUGAAGAGGCUGAUGUGCAACCACCUGUCCAUGAAGUGGUGGAAGAACUGCAGGGGCCUUUUUCUUAUGAAUUCUCCUACUGGGCUAGAUCUGGGGAAAAGAUCACAGUAACGCCAUCAUCCAAAGAACUGCUUUUCUACCCACCGUCCGUGGAGUCUUUUGUUAGUGGAGAAAGCUGUCCUGGGAAGAUGAUCCAUAUUCAUGGAAAGGCUGGUUUGUUUAUUGAAGGACAGAUUCACCCAGAGCUGGAAGGUGUUGAAAUUGUGAUCAGUGAAAAGGGAGCAGCAUCACCCCUUAUAACUGUUUACACAGAUGAUAAAGGUUCAUAUAGUGUUGGACCAUUACAUAGUGACUUGGAGUACACUGUUUCUGCUCAAAAAGAAGGUUACGUUUUGACUGCUGUUGAUGGAACAGUAGGAGAGUUUAAUGCAUUUGCCCUUGCUGGAGUUACAUUUGAGAUCCGGUCUGAAGAUGGGCAACCCCUCGCAGGAGUUCUCCUGUCCCUUAGUGGGGGCAUCUUUCGUUCAAACCUCCUUACUCAGGAUAAUGGGAUGUUAACGUUUUCAAAUCUGAGCCCGGGGCAGUACUAUUUUAAGCCUAUGAUGAAAGAAUUUCGUUUUGAGCCCUCCUCCCAAAUGAUAGAAGCACAAGAAGGAGAGAACUUGAAGAUUACCAUCACUGGCUACAGGACAGCCUACAGUUGUUAUGGAACAGUGUCUUCUCUUAACGGUGAACCCGAGCAAGGUGUGUCAGUGGAAGCAGUUGGACAGAACGAUUGUUCCAUUUAUGGGGAAGACACACUCACAGAUGAGGAUGGGAAAUUUAGGUUACGUGGACUUAGGCCGGGCUGUGUCUAUCAUGUGCAGCUAAAAGCCGAGGGAAAUGAUCAUAUUGAACGUGCUCUGCCAUCUUAUCGGGCGAUAGAUGUUGGCAGUACGGAUAUUGAUGAAGUAAACAUUAUCGCCUUCCGUCAGAUAAACCAGUUUGACAUCAGUGGAAAUGUUAUCGCUCCUUCUGAAUACCUGUCCACCCUGUUGGUGAAACUUUACAAAAGUGAUAAUCUUGACAACCCAAUACAGUCUGUAUCUUUGGGGCAAUCACUGUUUUUCCACUUUCCACCUCUGCUCCGAGAUGGAGAGAAUUAUGUUGUGCAAUUGGAUUCUUCUUUACCAAAAUCACAGUAUGACUACAUACUGCCUCACAUCUCCUUCAACACUCUUGGAUAUAACAAACACAUCACAUUGCUGUUCAGCCCUACGCGAAAGUUGCCAGAGCAAGAUAUCGUCCAGGGCUCCUACCUGGCUCUUCCCUUGACUCUUCUUCUACUAUUAGCUGCUUAUAAUCAUGAAAAGUUGAUUCCCCUGCUGCUGCAGCUGACAAGUCGAUUGCAAGGCGUCCGUGCUCUUGGGCAGACGGGCACAGACGCUGGCAGCCCAGAGGAUGCUAAAAGACUUCCAAAAAGACAAAAGACACGUAGAACGUGAAGUGAGAAGAAGGUAUAACAGCAUGAAGUGUCAUCAGUGUCACAUCUGGACCCUCGGGGCCAUGCUAUGGGAAAUGCAGAAUCUACAGACUUC